AUGCUGGGGGGAUACUGGGGGACGCUGGGCCGUGCCGAGUGGCCCUUCUCUCGCUUCCUGUUCUUCCAGGAGCCCGCGUCUGCCUUCGCCUCCUUCCUCAAUGGCCUCGCCAGCUUUGUGAUGCUGCACCGCUACAAAGCCUCCGUCCCGCCUUCCUCGCCCAUGUACCACACGUGCAUCACCUUCGCCUGGGUCUCCUUAAACGCCUGGUUCUGGUCCACUGUUUUCCAUACAAAGGACACGGCCUUAACGGAGAAACUGGAUUACUUCUGCGCUUCGGCCGUCGUCCUGCACUCCGUCUACCUGUGCUGUGUCAGGUGAGCCGCCG